CGGGGUGGGUGGGACUGCUGGUCACUCCCCCCGAUGGGCGGGGUCAGCCUAGCGCCCGCCCCCUGUCCCGGGAGCGGGCCGCGCCGCGCGGAUCCCGGCGCCAGGGAGCAGCGGCCGCCAGAGCCCCGAGCCCAGGCGGGUGUCCCAACUGGGUCAGGCCUGCCUGGGUCCCAGAAGGGGCGGGGACUGGGUCCGGACGCCCGGGUCCUCCGGGGAGCGCUGGAAGUGGCCCGCACCCUCUCUCCGCCUUCCUCCCCGACUCCCUGCCCGCCCCCGCCCGGGCGGCAGCUCCAGGUGGUCCUGCCCCCCUCCCUCUCCCGGAAUGGCCGGGAGGAGGGGGCUCCCGGAGACCCUGAUGAGGGACCCUCAGAGCCCCCGAGCCCUCAGCCCAGGGUCCAGGAGGAGGUGGCCCUGAGAAGUCUGGUGGCCACAGAGAUGCUUCUCCCAUCCCUCACGCCCCACGGCUGGCUCUGCCUCUCUCUUCUCUGGGGGCUGUUCUGCGUGGCCCCCCAGGAGCUACCACCGCUGCCCCCAUUCCCGGGCCCCGAGUGGGAUCUCCUGUCCCCACGGGUGGCCCUGUCCCGGGGGGCCCCCUCCGGGCCCCCGCUCCUCUUUGUCCUGGAAGCCUCCCUGGCGGCAGCCCCCGCCAACCGGAGCCGGCGGGAGGCCGGCGUGGGAGCGGGGGCCGGCCGGCGGGGCGAGCUGGCCGUGUGCGACGCCGUCAGCGGCUGGGUCACGGACCGUCGCACGGCCGUGGACCUUCGAGGCCGCGAGGUGGAGGUCCUGGGGGAGGUGCCGGCGGCAGGAGGGGGGCCCCUGCGGCAGUACUUUUUCGAGACCCGAUGCAAAGCGGCGGGGGGGCCUGAAGGCGGGGCCGGUUGCCGUGGGGUGGACCGGAGACACUGGGUGUCCGAAUGUAAAGCCAAGCAGUCCUACGUUCGGGCGCUGACCGCAGACGGGCAAGGGCGGGUGGGCUGGAGGUGGAUCCGCAUCGACACGGCCUGUGUGUGCACCCUGCUCAGCCGGGCCACGGCGGGGGGGCGGGCCUGAUCCCGAAGCGGCCGCUGUGUGGCCUUGGGCAAACGCCUUCCCCCCUGCGCAAGCAGAGCCUCUCCUGCCCAUGGUCCUUUCGGGGCUGCCCGGGGCUCGCCAACCUCCCGGCGGAGAACUUGUUUUCCUUUCGAAUGAGAGCUCCCGGGCCCCACCUGGCACAUUGAACAGGGGAAGCCUUGGAAGGGAACGGACUUACGCAAGGGCGCCCUGCUGGAUCUGGGAAGUGACCGCCCCGUUAGACUGAAGCAUCCUGGGCGCGGCCACCAUUUGUGGUCAAGUUCUGGGAGUUGGAGGCCCUCGGCCCACCGGGGACCCAGUCGCCGGACUCAGAGGAGCACAGAGACCCAGGGGUCUCUUCCCACACCAGGGCGGAAGCAGGACCCCUGGUGGGGAUGACUGUCAGCCAGCAGGAACCCUGAUGCUUGGAGAGGGAGUGAGCCCCCUGACCGUGGAAGUGUUCAAGCAUAAGCUGAGCAGCUGGGCAGAGGGAAUGGGAACUGGGACAAUCUUUAAACUCCCCU